UCUACUUCCAAAACCCUAAACACCAACUAACCUAGCUAAGCCAUGGCAUAUUGGUCUGAUCUCCCUCCGGAGCUCCUCGAUCUCGUUGCCACCGGCUUUGACACCCCGUCUGACACUCGUCACUUCCGUUCUGUCUGUUCCACGUGGCGGUCCGCCAUCCCCAAAACACUACCCAUAUUUUUCCCUCCUAUAAAAUUCCUCAACUCUAAUGUCCAUCAUUGUGACCUCCGACUCACCAAACACACAUUUACCCAUCUUUCUCCCUCUUUCGAUGACCACGAUGGCCGCGGGUGGCUCAUCAAGACUGAAGAGCACAACCCGGGGGCGGUCCAUUUGUUCAAUCCUUUCUCUAGGACCCUCAUCAAACAGUUAGCACCAAAUCUUCCUAGGAAGUUGGAUCUAACCAACAUUAAAAUCAAGGAGUUGGGUUAUGAGUAUGUGUUACGUAACGUUAUUAGUAAUCCUAGUACAGAAAACAUGGAUUACUACAACAUGGAGCAUCAAAAGGUAGCUGUUACCUUCCUUAAUUCUAAUAAUGUUAACGAUUACGUCAUUUUGUGUACACAUAACACGGGUAAGUUACUCAUGUACCGGUCCAAAAUUGAAUCAUGGACGUUUUUGGAUGAUUACACUUUAGGUUAUGAUGAUCGGAGCAUAUUUGUUAACGAUUGGUCGUUGCACUACGUGGAUGUAGUAGAGUUCGAUGGUACAUUUUAUGCUGUUACCAACUCCGGUAGAACUGUAGCCAUUAAGGUUAUUGGUUCUUCCGUCAUAGUAACAUUGCUAAAAAAUGCUAUCAUUGGCGGCGAUAAAAAAUGUCUAGUGAAAGUAGCUGAUGAUCUGUUAAUGGUAGACUUGUAUACUGAUAUCACUCCUAAAUUGAUAAAGGUACACGGUGUUGAGAUUUUCAAACUCGAUAAGGAGAAACAAAAGUGGGAUUUGGUUAAGGAUUUAGAGGGGCAUGCAAUUUUUUUGAGCAACCAUUCUUCAUUUUCCGCUAUUGGUUUAAAAGUUUGCAAAGGUAAUUGCAUAUACUUUCAUUUUAAGAACUUAGACAAUAAGGAUUCAUGUUAUUUGGAGAUUAAAGUGGGAGAUUUGGAUAAAAUGGAUGAUUUUGAGUGGAAGAGUGAUGAAGUUGGUGUUUUUGAUUUUGAAAAAGGAAUUUUUGGGGCGUUGGAAGAAUAUUUGGAAGAUUCUAAGCUAUUUUCUUGGCCUCCACCAAGUUGGGUUACAUUGGCUCGUAUGACAUGAAGUCUUCAAUCUUCGUUCUUUGAUUACUUUAAUUCCUUUUAGAGUUUCUUAUAUAAAUAUAUUACUUCUUCCGAUCUUGAUAAAUAAUGUAGAUCGACUUUCAUAAUUCUAGAUUUUUCAUUUUUUUACCCUUUGAUUGUAGAAUUUUUUAAAAUCCUUUCUUCUUUGAUUAUUAAUAAAAGAUUGCAUGCCUCGACUAAUAAUAUAUACUUUUACUAGUUCUUUACCCGAGCAUGUUCGGAUGUGUAUUUACAAGAAAAAAAAAAAAUUAUGGGACAAACGGUGUAUUAAAUCAAUCCGUUCAUCCGUUGGUAGAUUUACAAAAAUGUAACUCUGUAUUACUCUGAGCAAAUAAUAGUCAAGUCCGACUAUUAAUGAUCGGUCAAUGGUUCUUUAACUAUUUUUUUUUCCAGGCCAUUUAUCAUUCAUGAUCUUUAUGCAUGCAUGUGUAAUAAACGUUAUUAGAAAUUCUUGUAAAUAAAAGCAGACUUGGAGCCACUUUUGACUAUAGUACUUGCUGGAAAAUAAGUUAAUGAAAAAUAUGUAUUAUAAGGUCAAAAUGCAUGAACUUUAAUUUAAUUUGAAGAAAAAAAAAAUCAAAGUGAGAUCAUCGUUUAUGGACUGUCAACUAUGAUAAUACGCUGUAAACAUUAAGAAAUGAAAUGAUAAUAAUA